AUGACACGACAGGUUCUACUUAUAGAUUUAGAUGAUACAAUUUAUCCCCAAGAUUGGAUUCCUCUUGAAAUUAUUGUCGAAAGUGUGGUCAAAACUCUCAAAGAAUACGGAUAUUCACAAAAAGAUAUUGAUGAUCAAAGUAAUGUCGGCGGCGCGGGAAUUUUUAAUUGGGCUUUGCGUGUACUUAAAGGUGAUCUUGUCAAAUUUGAUCAGUUUUGCAUUGACGUUUAUAAGAAAAUUGAUUAUUCAACAAUAAAGCGUGAUGAUCAUCUGUAUAGCCUACUACAAAAAGCCUCCGAGAAAUUCGAUAUUUAUAUAGCAACAAAUAAUACCAGAGUUCAUGUUGAAAAAAUUUGCGAAUUACACUUUGGUCAUUCACUGAAUACAGCUUGUUUUGGCUGUAUAGAUAUAAAAGAUACAUAUUUUGAUGGAGUUUUUCAUCCAAAGCAAACUCCUGGAAAUUUAGCCGUAUACGCUAAACUUGCGAAAACUGAACCAUCUAAUUGUAUCCUUCUUGAUGACUCAUAUCCAAAUAUCAAGAAUGCUAAAGCUCUCGGAAUGAAAGCAGAAGCAAUCACAAAACAAUACACAUUAGCAAUAGCUUUGGAGAAGUUACUCCAAGAUUAG